CUGCUCUGGAUGGUUGACCCAAGAUAUUUGGAGUCAUCCACCUUUACGACCUCUACUCCUCGCAGCUUCACACAUCGUUUUUCCUUUACAGCUUCAAAAACAUAGAUUAUGCAAAUUAGGCCAUGACGUCACCCGGCGACUUCUAGCGACUUUUCGGACAGCCAACAGCGACUUUCCUUACUGAAGAGUUGGCAACACUGCGGCGGCCUAGACCAGUGAAAACGCCACAGGGGAGGAUUAACUCGGUUCCUGCUGACGCCUUUCAGACUUCACUUUCGUUUCUCUGGAAGAGCUCGACCCUUCUGCUCGUUCAGUAACGUUAGGUUUCACAGGCGCGGGAGUCAAGAUCACAAGCAACGAUGGACUGGACGACCGUUGUAGGAGUGGCAGCAGGAGCAGUUGGGACAGUGGCGUUAACCCCAGUUGUGGUGUCAGCGGCGGGUUUCACCGCUGGUGGCAUAGCCGCAGGAUCCGCCGCCUCCUGGAUGAUGUCCGCCGCGGCUGUGGCUAAUGGCGGGGGGGUGGCGGCUGGCAGUGCUGUUGCCGUCCUGCAGUCUGUUGGAGCAGCCGGCUUGUCUGGCGCAGCUACAACGGUUGUGGCGUCUGUAGGAGGGGCUGUAGGGGGAGCCGUUGCAAGAGCCGUGUCAUGGUUCCUGUAAAGCUAGGUUCAUGCUAACCUGAAGUUGUCUUUUAUCCACAUUAAGAAAAUGUGUUCUCUAUUUUAUCCCAAAUAAAAUGAUGAUAAAAACAA